AUGUUCAAGUUUAGACGAGUAAGGGUAGUGAAUAUAAAAGUCGCCGAUGCUGACAAAGACCAGCUCCUUAAUAUUGCUUUAGAUGCUGGAGCAGAGGAUGUUAUUGAUCCUCCAACUUAUGAAGAUGAUACCGAUGAAGAUAUGGCAGAAAGGUACUACAAAGUUGUAACAUCUUCUGAGAACUACUCAACGGUAUUGUCAAAGCUACGUGAUCAAGGAGUGAACUUCGAGCCUGACAAUGGCUCUGAACUGCUCCCUCUGUCUACAGUUGAGGUGGAUGAUGAGGCCAUGGAAUUAAACAAAGAGCUUAUGCAGAAACUACUAGAACUUGAUGAUGUUGAUGCUGUUUAUAUCGACCAAAAAUGA